AUGAAGUACAAAUCAGAGACUCAGCCUCUAAACAGUCGAGAUGGAAGAAAGCUGUUUAUCCUAACUAAUUAUUUUCUGUUCCACGCACAGUUGAUUGAUAUUCACAAACACUACUAUGAAGAUGUGCGUAAGCGGGCUAUGGCGUGUCUUGAACCCGGACCAAAGGUGGUCAGCCGUAUUCGACCCACAGCUGCUGCUGCUGGUUCGCACUCAGCACCCGUGAGAGAAGGCUAUCCACAUGCGGAGCUUCUGCUGGGAGACUGUUUCCUCAAAUACGGUGAACUUUUCGGAGCAAAUACGGCAUUCGGUAAGUAA